AUGGCGUUUCCCAACAGCUCCGCCCACGCCGCUGCCAUGGCAACACCACUGCACCCUGCAGCCCCCUCUGGUAACCAAGGCCUGUUCCUCCCCUCAGCCUCGGCUGCACCCCCGUUACCCCCAACGACAGACGUCAGGAAGCCUCCGGGCGGACCUAACGUCCCAAUGAACGAUGCCCGCAGUGACUUGCUGGCUGCCAUACGCAGAGGGAUCCAGCUGAGAAAGGUCCAGGAGCAGCGUGAGCAGGAGGAGGCCAAGAAACGAGAGCCCACAGGAAAUGACGUCGCCACCAUCCUGUCGCGGCGCAUUGCCGUUGAAUACAGUGAAUCAGAGGAAGAGUCUGAACCCGAGGACCAGGAGUGGUCCGACUGAGAAGACAAGGGUAACAGACCCCGUAUCAGUCCUGAUCCAAGCAAAACCUGAAUCUAACCGAAGAGGCAAAACACCAAUAACAUUCCAGGAUUAAGGUUCUGGGGGGUGAUAACCUGGUGGGGAAAACAAGAUUUUCCAAAAAGUCUGGAAAAUUGUGAAAAGAACACGCAAAACAAGUUUAUAAUAUGACUUAGCUAUUUUAUUCUGAUUAGUCAGUAUUAUUUGUUGAAUAUUCUCAUUAACUGCUGCUGAUUCUGUUCAACCUGCUGGAGGCGGAGCCUGAGCGGGGACAUUUGAGACCUCUCUACUGUUCUAGUCACCAACGUCACACAUUUGUGUAUGAGGCAUAUAGCAACUUUAUGUACACACAUAACUACAACAAUAUGGGGGGUACAUCACAGAUUUCCUCUUAUGACACACUUACAAACCUGUGUGGGCAACAAAUUGAUUCAUGUCCCCACAGUAACUGCAAUAAUAACACAAACGUAUGGAACCUCAACUAAAUACAAAAUAAAUAAAUACAUCUCAAUUAUGUCUGUCACAAUUACUGUAAAGUUAUGUGCAUAUUUAUCUGCAAAUAAAGGAUGGUGUCUGACUAUAACUAAUACGUUUAUAUAAGUGUGGAGCUACAAUUUAAAGAGUGUUAACAACAAAUGUAUGCACACACAUACCUGCAACUAAGGGAAAAAUAUAGUCUGUGAGUAUAAGCCCAGCUUGUCCAGCAGGUGGCGCUCUCUCUGCAUUACUAAUGAGAAGACACUAACAAGCCAGCUGUUUAUCUUCUUCAUGGAUAAAAGAUCGACAGCUCUGUUAGUUUUAUCUAUUUGUAGUUCUUACUGUUUCCUACCAACUGAUCAGAUCAGCCUGCUGUAAACAUUUACUCUCAUCCAUAUCUUUAAACUUGGUUCAGUGGAGAUUAAAACACUUUAACUAAUUUUUAUAUUUGAUUUAUUUUGCUUCUUAAACAGAAAAAAAUUCAAUCUUUCAAGAUUCUUAAACUAUUUCAUAGGCAUGUUUUAUAUUUAAGAU